CAGGAGGAUCCGCUCCUCUUCGGGCUGCAAAGCGUCCUGGCCCCUUCUCCUCCCUCUCCCACCCUCGAAGACUCGGACAUCUCUGAGUUGGAAGGGGCAGGAAGCCCCGGCAGCGGGCCGGGCAGGCCGAGGAGCCGGGCCCGGGCGCGGAUGCUUGCCGGUGGGCUGGGCCGGCCGUCAGCGGGGGAGGCGGGCUGCAUAAUUUCCCGCUAGAGCCGGACUCUGAGGGAGGAAAGGGCCCCGCAGAGCCCCCUUAGCACCCGCCAGUGCGCAAGGCGGUGGCGCCGCACCCUGGGCUUCGGGCCAGGAGCGUGGGCGGACCGGGCUGGGCACGACGGCCCCGCGGCUCCGCGGCACUUCUCCCACGCUCCCAGCCGCGCCCCCUCCCCUGCCUUCCUUCCCUUACGCGCUCCCGGGAGCGGCGGGGGGACGCGAGCCGCGGCGGGCGCCCGAGCUUUGUGUGCGCCCGCGGGGCCGGGAGCGAGCAGCGGCCGCGGCUGAGCCCCCAGUGGCCCAACUUUGCAUCUCCUGGCCGGCUCCCAAGCGGUAGUAGUGAGGCGUGGCUGUGGAGGAGGCGCUUGGGGGGGCGUGGGGCUCCUUGGCGGGCGGGAGGGACGGUGAAAGCCGCGCCGGACAAUGAGCUGGGCAUCUCGACGCUGAAGCCCCUUUUAGCAGAGGGCGCGGGUCGGCCGCCGACGCCUCCUCGGCCCCACCUGCGAGGAGAAGGCGGGAUGACAGAGCCGGGUGUCCCGGCGUUCUAGGGCCCGACAGUCAGGCUCGAACCGUUUCUCGCGGUGACACUAGGCUGUGUGGAGGCUUUGGCUAGGGCUUUUUUUGUGAGGAGCCCCCCGGAGCAGUCGCGAUGGCCAGCACUAGGAGUAUUGAACUGGAGCACUUUGAGGAAAGGGACAAAAGGCCGCGGCCAGGGUCGCGGAGAGGGGCGCCCAGCUCCUCCGGGGGCAGCAGCAGCUCGGGCCCCAAGGGGAACGGGUUAAUCCCUAGCCCGGCACACAGUGCCCAUUGCAGCUUCUACCGCACGCGGACCCUGCAGGCCCUCAGCUCGGAGAAGAAGGCCAAGAAGGCGCGCUUCUAUCGGAACGGGGAUCGCUACUUCAAGGGCCUGGUGUUUGCCAUCUCCAGCGACCGCUUCCGGUCCUUCGAUGCUCUCCUCAUGGAGCUUACCCGCUCCCUGUCGGACAACGUGAAUCUGCCCCAGGGAGUCCGCACCAUCUACACCAUCGACGGCAGCCGGAAGGUUAACAGCCUGGAAGAGCUGCUGGAAGGUGAGAGUUAUGUGUGUGCAUCCAACGAACCAUUCCGUAAAGUUGAUUACACCAAAAAUAUUAAUCCGAACUGGUCUGUGAACAUCAAGGGUGGGACGACCCGAUCCUUGGCUGCUGCCUCCUCUGUGAAAAGUGAAGUAAAGGAAAGUAAAGAUUUCAUCAAACCCAAAUUAGUGACUGUGAUUCGAAGUGGAGUGAAGCCUAGAAAAGCCGUGCGGAUCCUUCUGAACAAGAAGACUGCUCAUUCCUUCGAACAGGUCCUAACAGACAUCACCGAAGCCAUUAAACUAGACUCAGGAGUAGUCAAGAGGCUCUGCACACUGGACGGAAAGCAGGUUACUUGUCUGCAAGACUUUUUCGGGGAUGACGAUGUUUUUAUUGCAUGUGGACCUGAAAAAUUCCGUUAUGCCCAAGAUGACUUUGUCCUGGACCACAGUGAAUGCCGUGUCUUGAAGUCCUCUUAUUCUCGAUCCUCAGCUGUUAAGUGUUCUGGAUCCAAAAGCCCUGGGCCAUCUCGUCGCAGCAAAUCACCAGCUUCAGUAAAAAGGGGUGCCCACUACUCCAGUGCCUAUUCUACAGCCAAAUCCCCAGUCAAUGGAACCCCCAGCAGCCAGCUCUCCACUCCUAAAUCUACAAAAUCCUCCAGCUCCUCUCCAACUAGUCCAGGAAGUUUCAGAGGAUUAAAGCAGAUUUCUCCACAUGGUGGAUCUUCUUCCAAUGUAAAUGGUGGACCUGAACUUGAUCGUUGCAUGAGUCCUGAAGGUAGUUCUCAAUCUGAUGAUUUCUUUCAUAGAGGAGAUCAUCCAUGUGUGAAUGGAAACAGGUGCUCUGAGUCAUCCACACUUCUUGAGAAAUACAAAAUUGGGAAGGUCAUUGGUGAUGGCAAUUUUGCUGUAGUCAAAGAGUGCAUGGACAGGUCUACCAGAAAGGAGUUUGCUCUGAAGAUUAUAGACAAAGCCAAAUGCUGUGGAAAGGAACACCUAAUUGAGAAUGAAGUGUCAAUACUGCGCCAAGUGAAACAUCCAAACAUCAUCAUGCUGGUCGAGGAGAUGGAAACAGCAACUGAGCUCUUUCUGGUGAUGGAAUUAGUCAAAGGUGGAGAUCUCUUUGAUGCAAUUACUUCUUCGACCAAGUACACGGAGAGGGAUGGCAGCGCCAUGGUGUACAACCUGGCCAGCGCCCUGCACUAUCUCCACGGCCUCAGCAUUGUGCACAGGGACAUCAAGCCAGAGAACCUCUUGGUGUGUGAAUAUCCUGAUGGAACCAGGUCUUUGAAAUUGGGAGACUUUGGGCUGGCCACAGUGGUGGAGGGGCCUUUAUUCACCGUCUGUGGCACUCCAACUUACGUGGCUCCAGAGAUCAUUGCUGAAACAGGCUACGGCCUGAAGGUGGACAUUUGGGCAGCAGGUGUGAUCACAUACAUACUUCUCUGUGGAUUCCCACCAUUCCGAAGUGAGAACAAUCUCCAGGAGGAUCUCUUCGACCAGAUCUUGGCUGGGAAGCUGGAAUUCCCAGCCCCCUACUGGGAUAACAUCACAGACUCGGCAAAGGAAUUAAUCACUCAGAUGCUUCAGGUUAACGUUGAAGCUCGGUGUACCGCGAGACAAAUCCUGAGUCACCCCUGGGUGUCAGAUGAUGCCUCCCAGGAGAAUAAUAUGCAAGCUGAGGUAACAGGUAAACUAAAACAGCACUUUAAUAAUGCGCUCCCAAAACAGAACAGCACCACCACUGGGGUCUCCAUUAUCAUGUUUGAUUUGACAGUUUGAGAGAGACUUCAGAGUUUCACUCUUUACCUGUUGAGACUGUGGGAAAACCUGAAGCAGAGUCCUGGUAUUAAAUAUGCUGAACGAGAGCAUCUAAUUUUCAGCUCCUCUUAAAUCUGCUUGCUUGUCUCAGAUUUCUGACACCGUCCAGCUCUUAGCUUCUUGUUGGCGUGGGUUUUUCUGUACCUACUGACAUCUUUUCCAAGCAGUCAUGCACAACUUUGGGAAACUUUUAUUUAUUUUAAUACUUCUCAGCUUGCUGCACUGCCUCCUUUCCCAGAUCAGAGCUGGCGAGGGGAAAGGAGGAUUCUGAUAAUUCUGCUAAAUGCUGUUUUUCACUUAAGCGAAAAGCAUCUUUUUGUAAGUGACAGCAUGAGAUAGGUAUCUUUGCAAAGGCUUUUGUUCUUUUUUCUCCCAACUCCAUUUCUAAAGAUGCCUUUUAAUCAAUAAGACAAUAUAAAGACAGCCAGCCCUUGGGAUAAGCGAAUUACACUGAAUGAGGUUUUGCUUUAAGGCGGCCUGUGGUUGGGGAUUACACUUCCAUGUCCUUUGACUUUUCCUUAGCACACUAAGAAAGGACAGUGCAUUUGCGAUUUGCAGGACAGACCCGCUUUUUAUUCCAGUGGACUCGGCCCAGCCUCCGUGACUGGAAGAGCCAUCUGGUGGCAGAAAAGGGAAAUACAAGAAACAAUUUACUCUGCGUCUUUUAGCGCAGACCUGAGAAAGGAUGAGAUAAAAUGGUUUCCCUGCUCAGUGAUUUGUGCUUCCUUUCAGGGGGAAACUUGGGAAUGAUUUGGGGUUAUUUCCUUGAUUUAAGGUAGACAAAAAUGUUUUAAUUGUGUUGCUUCUGUUUAAAGUAAGUCUAGUUUCUGUCCCUGCUUCUCUCCCCCUUCUCUCGCCCUCCCGCCGCCUGCCUUGCUUCCCUCUGACUAGGUCCAAGGCGAUGGUACGUACUAACCGCGCCGCAAAGCUCUGCUCUGCCGCAUUCAUACACGUUCUGCUACACGGGAAGAGAAAAGGAGAAAUAAUUCUGGAAUUGUCAGGUCCCUUUCUACCCUUUUGUGUUAGGGAAAAAGUUUAUCCACCUUUGUUGGUUUUCAGAGUUGGUGAGAGUUCUGCUUUUGCAGCACACCUAGCUGAUACUAGGGGCUGGGAAGCUUAUUAAAGGACUGUGCUGAGUAUUUUAUUUGGCUUUUCCACAGUUACCUCUUUCCCAGGUAACUGCUAUUUUAGUUGGGAAUUGGAUAAUGAUUUGCACUUGGAAGGACCUGCUGAGAAGGCCCGUUUACUCUUGGCCCUCAUGCCCUUAAGGCUGCCAACAGGGUGAAUUUUAGAAAGCCCUCAUUGUUUGUUCAUAUUUUCUCUGUACUGAAAGAAUCUUUAGUGCAUUCCCCCCAGGGUACUUAGAUUACCAAAGGCCUCUUGAUCACUGUCCCUUGUAGUUAAGGGUGUCCGAGAAUGGAAAGCCCCUCCCCCAGCUACUCCCACCCCUGCAUUUGGAAAACCUGGCCAGAUAGCAGCCGACAAGCAAGAAGUACUCGGAAUGAGUCCAGGAAGGAAAAAAAUACCAGGUCCCACCCCCAACCUAGGGCCAGAAAGCAAGACGAUUCCCUCAUGUUUUUGUGGCUCUUUCUGUGCUCCCUGAGGAGUGGAGCAGAUUAAAAACUCUGGGGGUGUGAAAAGCUAAAGAAACCCUCACCCAAAGAGAAGGGCAAGUGAGGAAAUCAUGGAGGAUUUAACAAGUGGUUAUUUCAAAAUGAUUGGUACUGCACCAUCUGAUUCCUUGGCCUUUCAUAGUGUAUACUGCCACUUGGGUUGUAAGGGUAUUGCUUGUUUGUGUGACAUAUGAGUACGUUUUCAAUCUGAGACCCUUCUUUAGAAAAACAAACUUCCAGAGACUGAGCACCCUCGUAGUGUUUGCUCAUUGUCUCAGGGGUCUUUUUGGCUCAAGCUCUGGGGACAAGAAGAAGCCCUCAGAGCUCAGGUGUGGCACACAGCUAGAAGAGGAUUAACUUUAGGUGGCCGCCCAGCACUCACUGGCACUGAGUUUUGUUCUCCCUGGACCACAGUUCCUGCCUGCAGGUAGAUAUUUCCCCAGGUCACGUUAAGAGCAGAGAUCAAGUGCAGCCUGUUCCCUGCGGGUGGGACCUCCAAAUUGUUGCUUCUUUUUUAAGGCUUCUUCUAGAAAGGAAACCCUGAGUUACUUCUCCUCUUCUGUUCCCGAGUCCCGUGCAUGCCUGUCCUGCCCUCUGCUCGUGUUGGCUGUAACCCGGGCUUGGGCUGCGAUAACGUGUUGUCUCUACUGGUUUCUCCGCAGAACACAGCUCUAGAUAAGGAGGGCCAGAUUUUCUGCAGCAAGCACGGUCAAGGUCAAGACAGCAGCAGACCUGGGGCGGAGCAGAUCCCGCCAGCUCCUCCCUCGGCCGAGGAGCCGCCUGUGUCUGGGGCAGCAGCUGUGCCC